AUGAAUCAAUCAAUUCAACAGAUUACCAACUGGCCCUGGAAACACAUUUGGAGAUCCAAAGUCCCACAUAAAGUUAGUUGCUUUGUGUGGCUUUUAGCUAAAGAAGCAGUUCUUACACAGGAUAAUUUGAUGAAAAGGGGGACAAUUUUAUGCUCUAGAUGUUUCCUGUGUGGAGAAACAGCAGAGACAGUUAACCAUCUGUUUCUACACUGUAAGUUUACACAACAGCUUUGGAGAAUAUUUUUAAAUCUCAAAGGUAUAGCCUGGACCAUGCCCAGCAAGGUUUCAGAGGCUCUAAAGAGUUGGGAAGAGGCAGGAUUGCAGGCAAAGAACAGAAAUAGAUGGAGAAUUGUCCCUGCCAGCAUAUGGUGGGCAAUAUGGAAGGAGAGAAACUCCAGAUGUUUUGAGAGUAUAGAGAAUGGAGUGCAGAAGGUCAAGUUGAAUUGUAUUUUAUUGCUUUGUUUUUGGUGUAAUCAGGCUUACUCAGAUGAUACUAUUUCCAUUAUUGAUGUAUUAGAUUCAAUAUAG